GGGGUCCAAUCCAGUGCUACCGAGCUGUACCGGAUAGAAUGAGCGUACCUCUCCACAAACCUGAGAGAAGGGCACCAAGGCUAAAGUAGCCCAGGGCAUCAAAAAAGCUCGAAGCGUCCGUGAACGACUAGCUUUGCCAUGGUAACGCAGCCGUACAGGGUCAGAAAGGGCCGCAGUUUCACGGAGCUGUAGCCCCCGCGAGGACACCCCACGACACCGAGUGGAGAUUGCAUGUUUUUCACCCUGUUUGAACCUAAACUGUACCCAGCCAUGAUUUAUUAAGACCUUAACAAUAAGCAGCUAACUCAGCUCUUCAGUGCUGUCGGCGCAGCAUCCCGCUGCUGUUUGCUAACACCAUGGCCGCUUCUCGUUGAUCAUGUAUGCUAACACGGACAGACUCGUCCUCGGCAUGGUCCCGUCAGUCGAAGAGGUGUCUUCGUCUCUUGUACGGGAGUAUUUGAGUCGUAAGGGGCUGAAGAGGACUAUUGCCUGCAUGGAUGAGGAGCAUCCACGCACAGAGGCCAGUAUCAACAACAGGUCGGAGCUGAGGCAGAUUCUCAGCAUUGAGGAUCUCUACAGGAAGAACAAGCUUCAAAAUAACCCUCUGAAAACAUUACUGGAGGUUAUUGUAAAGCAUCUCAUUGAACAAGUAAAGAAUGAGAAACCAGUGAGCAGUGAGGCUUCCCCACGGAGAGCCCAAACUAGUGCGAUGGAUAAUGGAGGAGAGGAGGACCGCAGCCCGGCUUCUGUUCCAAGCAAACAGACCAGAUCGAGGCUUGAUAUAACAGCAACAUUCCCUUCUCAAGCUACAAAUGCUUCACUGAUGCCAGCAAACGAUAGAAAGUCCAGUAAUAAUCAGACAGGUUUCCGGGGUCCUGACUUAGGAGUUCAAAAAGACCAUCCAGCGAUGGAUUCCCUCCAAGACAAGAAGAGCUUAAUCCAAAAAGAACCAGAAAAAAACACCUCUGAGACCACCCAAAGGAGCAGAACUAAUCGCAUUAGGAGAGGCAUAUUGGCUGGACCGGUACCCCAGGAAUCAAACAGAAAACGUAACAGUCGAAAGGUGUCCCAGCCGCUACUCAGAGGAGAAGAGGAAACCAGACCCACUCAGGAUGGACGUUUGGUGACUGGAAGUUUACAAGGCAGCAGAAGUGAAAUCUGCUCAGCUGACUGUGUACGAGCGGGGCGCGAGGCGCUGAGCGUUUCACAGAGAACACCGAGUGAAAACAGCUUUGAGCGAGUGAGACUGAACAUGGUGACGACAGCAAAAGCAAAGACCAGGCCAAGUGUGGCUGAUCUGGAUGCGUCUGCGAUGGUCUUGGAUGACAUCGAGGAUUAUGAUGACGAUCUGCGAGAACUCUGCGACGCCCCUCUGCGGGGAACCUUACCCGAACACAGCCUCGCCGGUCGCCCGAUGGACCAGCGCACUGCCACGGAAUUAAAAACACUUCUUCUUGGAUCCAGCCUAAAUUGUUUCAAUAUUGAGUGGAGGAAUCAGGGUUUCACAUUCUCAGACACGCAUGACCUCCGAUAUGGGAUUGUGCAGAGAAAGGGAGGUCCAUGUGGCGUUCUGGCGUCUGUUCAAGCCUUUGUUCUUAAGAAACUGCUGUUUGAAAGCACUGAGAGCUGUACCACGGGCCUGCAGAGAUUAAGACCGUCCAACAGCAUCAGGAGAAAGUGUCUCGUUUUGGCUCUGGCUGAGAUCUUGUGGAGGGCUGGCGAGGAAAAGCAAGCCACAGUUGCAAUAAAUUCAGGGAGAAAUCAGUUCACCCCAGCUCGACCCUACAGAUCUGAGGGGGUGCUUGAAAAGAUCACCUGUUUGACUGUGGAGAACCUCAAAGAUCUGGAGUUGAUCCUUGAGCAGCAUGUUGAGCAAUUUGAACCUGGGAUGUUGGGCUGCGUGCUGCUGACUGUGUCUGCUGUUCUCUCGCGGUCCAUUCAAAAAGUACAGGAAGAUAUGGAUGUGCCCACCACCACGCUGAUUGGAGCCCAUGGGUACUGCACACAGGAGCUGGUCAACCUGUUGCUGUGUGGCAGAGCAGUUUCCAAUGUGUUCGAUGAUGACGUGGAGCUGGACUCGGGCAACGGCAACAUGACUCUGCUCAAAGGAAUCAAAGGUCACUGCGACGUCGGCCUGCUGUCCUUGUUUGAACAUUAUAACAUCUGUAAGGUAGGAGCUUACCUGAAGACGCCACGCUACCCCAUCUGGGUGGUGUGCAGUGAAAGCCACUUCAGCGUGCUGUUUGGCCUGCAGAGGGAGCUGUUGACCAACGAGGGCGGCGGCACCGAGUUCGACCUCUACUAUUUCGAUGGACUGGCCAACCAGCAGGAGGAGAUCCGCCUCACUGUUUCGGUCGGCAGAUUGUCCCAGAGCAGUCAGGAGGUGGAUGCUGACCUCACUCCUCCUCUGGAGCUCUGCAUCCGAACAAGGUGGAAGGAUGCAUGUGUCAGCUGGAAUGACACGGAGCCUAUUCUCUGAGCGAUCAUCUGUUUUCAGUUUGCUUUUGUUAUUCUGCUGGUUUAUUUCACGUCGGUUUUAUUACGUACGAACUUGACAGUGGAUACAGAAAAGUGCGAUCGAAAGGUUCAGAGCCUGAGCCCGUAAGAAAGUGAAAACUGUGACCCGUUUAAAUUUGGCCGCCGUCCUUUUCGAAGUAGUUGCUUUGUUCCUCUUCUCCUGCCAUGCCUGACACAUUCCCUGGAAGUCAGCUUUUUAAUGGAUGUAUAUUUAUUUAUUUUGAAUGCCCAAAGUGCUGCUUCUGAGGUCUGCAGUUAAACUUUUAGAGGCACAUCUGGCGCUGGUCACAAAAAUACGUGCACUCCUGAUGUUGUUUGUGCAACAUGUCUCUGAAUAAUGACUCUGCGUGUUUUUAUUAUGUACUUUUUCAUUUGUUUUCAUUCAACAGGGAUGAUUUACAGACUACUGCCAGUACGGCCCUUUAGUAAAAUGAAGCCGGGGCGGUCCACGAAGAGCCGCAGAGCUCGCCAUAAUUUGCAGGUUUUGUCCUCAGUUGGCUUUGAAGAUAACA